AGAAACAAAUAAUAAUCAUUCUCAAUCAGAGGAGAAUGGCGCUGACUCGCCCUACUCCUCCAUCGACGACUUCAUCGCCUUGUUCCCCUAUGCCCUUGCUUCACGCUCAUUUUCGUCAUCCUCCGAAGCUUCGACUCUUCGGUAUCCACCGCCCCAAACCCUCGACUCCCCUCUCUCUCUCUGCAACUCCAUCUCUCGCUCCUCAUAACACCUCCACCUCGCCCACCCCCAUUUUCCUCCCUUUUCUCCAACAACAUGAAGAAGAAAACCAUGUCGCAGUUUCCGAGCAAAUCGAGCCAAAACAGCCGGAAUUGGACACUGCACAAGACCCACUUGUCAAAUUCCUCAAGUUCCGGGCCUCGUCUCCUGACCCAGACCCUCCCCGCCAAGGCAAGCUCUCCCUCCAGCGAAAUCGCCGCACCUCCUGGCACCUCGCUCCCCACGACGCCAUCGAACCUGUUGAAGAAUCUGAAUUUGAUUUCAAAUUUGGGUCCAGUUCGGAUUCGGUCCCGGGUCCCGCCCCUCAAGCUGAGGGCGUUGUGGGUGAGAUUGUGAAUGUGGCGAGGGAUCUUCCAGAGAACGUGACUUUGGGGGAGGUUUUGGGGCAAUUUGAAGGGAGGGUCGGGGAAAGAGAGUGUGUGGAGGCGUUGGGUUUGAUGGGUCAGGAGGGUUUGGUAAUGGAUUGUUUGUACUUCUUCGAAUGGAUGGGUUUGCAGGAGCCAUCGCUCAUAACGCCUAGGGCGUGUUCUGUGUUGUUUCCAGUGUUGGGGAGAGCUGGGAGGGGCGAUGAGUUGAUCGUUUUGUUCCGGAGUUUGCCGGAUUCGAAGCAAUUUAGGGGUGUUCGCGUUCACAAUGCUGCAAUAUCGGGUCUACUGUGUUGUGGCAGGUAUGAUGAUGCUUGGAAAGUGUACGAGACUAUGGAAACAGCUAAUAUCCAACCCGAUCAUGUGACAUGUUCUAUUAUGAUUACAAUCAUGAGGAAAAAUGGCAGAAGUGUAAAAGAUGCAUGGGAGUUCUUCCAGAGAAUGAAUGGAAAAGGUGUUGAAUGGAGUUUGGAAGUCUUGGGUUCCCUGAUAAAAUCAUUUUGUGAUGAGGGGCUCACGAAUGAGGCACUUAUUAUUCAAUCAGAAAUGGAGAAGAAAGGGAUCUCUUCAAAUGCCAUUAUUUACAAUACUUUGAUGGAUGCCUACGGUAAAUCAAAUCUGGUUGAAGAGGCUGAAGGGCUCUUUGCCGAGAUGAAAGCGAAGGGAAUUAAGCCUACAUCUGCCACUUAUAACAUUUUAAUGGAUGCAUACAGCAGAAGGAUGCAACCCGAGAUUGUACAGAAACUGCUUGUAGAGAUGGAAAAUAUGGGCUUGGAGCCAAAUGUGAAAUCAUAUACAUGUCUGAUUAGUGCCUAUGGGAGGCAGAAAAAGAUGAGUGACAUGGCUGCAGAUGCUUUCUUGAGGAUGAAGAAAAUUGGUAUAAAACCAACUUCACAUUCAUACACAGCUCUUAUACAUGCAUAUUCAGUUGGUGGCUGGCAUGAGAAGGCUUUCAUGGCCUUUGAGAACAUGCAAAGGGAAGGUAUAAAACCCUCUAUAGAAACUUAUACUGCUUUACUUGAUGCAUUUAGGCGUGCUGGUGACACCCAAAUGCUGAUGAAAAUAUGGAAAUUGAUGAUCAAUGAUAAAAUCAAGGGGACACGUGUGACAUUCAACAUUCUUCUGGAUGGAUUUGCCAAACAAGGUCAUUACGUUGAAGCCAGAGAUGUAAUAUGUGAAUUUGGAAAUUUUGGUUUACAGCCAACCGUGCUCACAUAUAACAUGCUGAUGAAUGCAUAUGCACGGGGAGGUCAACAUUCAAAGUUGCCUCAGCUGCUGAAAGAGAUGUCUUCUCUCAAUGUCAUACCCGAUUCUGUCACUUAUUCCACUAUGAUAUAUGCAUAUGUCCGCGUCCGUGACUUCAAGAGGGCAUUUUUUUAUCACAAGAAGAUGGUGAAAAGCGGGCAAGUCCCUGAUGCAAAAGCCUAUCAGAAGCUCAGGGAGAUUUUGGAUGUGAAAGCUACAAUAAAGAACAGGAAGGAUCGUAAAGCUAUACUAGGUAUAGUUAACAGUAAGAUGGGUUUAUUGAAGCCCGUGAAGAGAAGAAAGAAAGAUGAGUUCUGGAAGAACAAGAAGAAAAACUCAAGAAUUCAUACCUCAGUACGGGUUGGACAUUGAUUAUGCGAUGCCUAGAACAGUUCUUCAACUGCUGAUGGUGGUCUAUGCUCAUUUUUUCUCCAAAUGGUUUGUCCCUGUGGAAAUUUGAAUCUUGUACUGAUAUUUCUUUGUACAAAGGCAUGGUGUAAGCUAAGAAGGAUGACCUAAAGCCAUGCUGAAGUUCUGUUGGAAAACUAAACAAAAACCUUUACAGGCCAUUUUAUGCUUUGCCCGAUGAUACUGUUGGCUGCCUGCAAUGACAACAUAUCAAGCCUUUAUCUGACGUGGGGUUGGCUACUGUUGGCUGCCUAACAGAGUUAUUAUUGUGGCUAACCCACCUAACAGGUAACAAUCCCUGUCUGUAUUUUGACGCGUAGAAAUUCUUUUUGUAGCUUAAUGUCCCUGUAUAUGGACCUUUAUUAGUCGGAUCUGUAAAGAUGCCUGCUGCUUACCGGUGAAAGAGAGUUGCUUUGAAUUC